AUGAUACAUUCAGAGGAAGAGAGUGUCAAUAGUUUCACACCUGGAUCGUAAUAUACAUUCGUUAUAAGUAGGCAAGACUAAAACCUUGAAGAGCAUAAAAAUAAGGACUCUAAAAAAUAUGCCAUAAUUGAUUAAUCUAUUCGUGUUCAAUUACUACGCCGUAUACUUUCAAAACAGGCAACAAUUAAGGAUGCUGCUAAAGAGUUUGGUGUUAAUUUUUCAACUGCUAAGGCAAUUUUGCAAACCUAUAGGAAGGAAGGAAGAAUAGGAAAGAAAAAAACAAGAGAAAGAAAUAAAAACAGAUAAGAAUCAGGUGAAAAUAGUUCUCCCAGAAAGAUUUAAUCGAUGUAUAACUUAGAAUAGCCUCAAUAAAUGAGAACAAACUCUCCACAAUAGAAACCACAAGCACCAGCCAUUUAACCUAUAUUCUCAGUGAUGAGCUCUCCAAAUCUAGACAAUCCUUAAGCAUAAAUAGCAUUGGCUCUUUGUUAAAGGGAACUAGCUCAAUAAAAACUAAUUAAUUUCUAAUUAAUGAUGAUGAUUCAAAACUUCAAAAAUAUUUCGCAAUUAUAAGUCAAGGAAGAACCAAAUAUAAUUAAUUGA